UGUAAAAAAAAAGCAAAAAACAAAUUAGUGUUAAGAUCCAGUAUCCACGUAAUUGUUGAAACAUGAAAUCAAUGAGGCGGAGAAUCACGAUUGGAACAAAAUUAGUCUUUACUCGGGUUGUACCAGGGUUCGUCUUGUGCUCUGGAGAAAAGGCUAACACCGGGAAAACAGGAUUACUUUUACGAGCUUGAAGGAACAGUGGCUACUACUAGCUGCAAAACAUCGUAGACACUUUCAUAACAACUCCUUCACAAGCAUUAGAUAUCUUUAGGUGUUAUAAGCGUUUUACAAUCCAGGUAAUGUACCUUUUAAGGCAUAGCUGUUAAGUGGUAUCAGGUUGGGAGUGUUGAAGCCAGGGCCAAGAUGAAGACGGUGCUGAGUGGGGACAAGAGGAAACGGUUCCAUGUCAACCGCGUGGACACGCAGGACCACCAGCUGAACGCAGGCCUCGCCAACUAUCACAUGCCUCACGCGCCACCCUCCCCAGAUAUCGAGGAACGAUGUGCGUCUCCGACCUCAGCGCCGUCAGACACAGAGAUGGAGUCCCUGACAUAUCCUCCCAACACAAACACUUACACGGGUACCUAUACGGGUACUCACACGGGUUCCCACACGGGUACUCACACGGGUACCCACUCGGGUACCCACUCUACAUUCCGUUCCCUGCGUCAGCUGACCCGCGAGGCCCUGCCCAGGCUGGACCACUACCGCAACUUGGCAAGCAUCAUGCAUGCCCCGGGCGCCGGGCAGAGACCCACCCUGGACGACCUCCACCAGCCGCCGCCCGGCAAGGUGCGAGUGGGACCGUCGAGGGGAACUGUAGAGGAAGAAACUGGCGGAGAAGGCAAGUUCGGUUGGGUGCAGGGAGUUCUGGUGCGAUGCCUUCUCAACAUCUGGGGAGUAAUCCUCUUCCUUAGGCUUCCAUGGGUCGUGGGCCAAGCCGGAAUUUUGGAGGGUAUGCUGAUCGUGACAUGUGGUAACAUCGUCACCACCAUCACCGCUCUGUCCAUGGCCGCCAUUUCCACCAAUGGCCAGAUCAAAGGAGGUGGCACCUACUACAUGAUUAGUCGCUCACUGGGGCCUGAGUUCGGUGGGGCCAUCGGUUUGAUCUUCUCCUUGGCAAAUGCCAUUGCAGCUGCCAUGUACAUAGUCGGCUUCUGUGAGUCCAUGAAUGACCUGCUGAGGUCUCAGGGCUUGCAGAUAUUCGACAGUGGUAUUAAUGAUGUGAGGGUGAUUGGCAGCAUCACACUAGUUGUCCUCUUUGCAAUCUGCGUCAUCGGCAUGGAAUGGGAAGCCAGGGCACAGGUAGUCCUACUAGUCGUACUGUUGGUGGCCAUCCUGGACUUCAUCAUUGGUGCCUUUGUGGGACCUCUUACUGAAGAAGAGAUUGCCCAGGGCUUUAUUGGUUUGAACGGGACAUUAUUCAACGAAAAUUUUUUUUCGGACUAUCGUGACGAGGGCAAACAAAGUGGAGAGGAAGGAAAUACGGGCUUCUUUAGUGUCUUCAGCGUUUUCUUCCCAGCCUGUACUGGUAUCCUGGCUGGAGCCAACAUAUCAGGUGACCUGAAGGACCCAUCAGGAGCCAUACCCAAGGGUACAAUUCUGGCCAUCAUUAUCACCUACUUUUCCUACAUGAUCCUUGUACUCCUGUCUGGGGCAGUUGAGGUGAGGGAUGCCACAGGAAACAUCACCCAGGUAGCAGACUGGUCUUUCACUAACUGUACAGAUACAGUGUGUGAAUAUGGCCUUAGCAACAGUUCUCAGGUGAUGGAGCUGGUGUCUAUCUUUGGCCCAUUGAUCUUCGCUGGUUGCUUUGCUGCCACGAUCUCAUCUGCUCUGGCCUCAAUUGUCUCUGCCCCCAAGGUCUUCCAGGCUCUCUGUAAGGACAAGCUUUACCCAUAUAUUGAGUUCUUUGGCAAGGGCUAUGGCAAAAGUGAUGAACCUUACCGUGGCUAUGUCCUCACAUUCAUCAUUGUGCUGAUCUUCACCCUCAUUGCUCGCCUUGAUUCAAUUGCAGCCAUCAUUACCAAUUUCUUCUUGGCUGCGUACGCCCUCAUCAACUUCUCCACCUUCCACGCAUCCCUACAGCACACUCCCAGUUGGCGACCCACCUUCACAUACUAUAACAAGUGGCUAAGUCUCCUGGGAGGUAUAUUGUGCACAGCCAUCAUGUUUAUGAUCCAGUGGUACACGGCACUUAUCACCAUCAUCAUCAUCAUUCUCCUCUACUUCAUAGUCGUCUACAGGAAGCCAGAUGUUAACUGGGGAUCAUCAACACAGGCACAGAUAUACAGUAUGGCACUAAACUCGACCAUAUCUCUAAAUCAAGUGGAAGAGCAUAUCAAGACUUUCCGGCCUCAGAUCCUGGUGUUGACUGGAGCACCCUAUGCCAGGCCACCUCUCAUCCACUUUGCAAACUCCAUCACAAAGAACAUGUCCCUCCUUAUCACUGGUCAAUGUUUUAAAGAAAUGCAGUCUCAGAGAGUACGGACAAGACACUAUGUAGAAGCCACAAACUGGUUGUCUCGACACAAGGUGAGGGCCUUCCACUCUAUUGCUGAUGGCCCUUCCAUGGAAAUGGCUGCCAGGAUGCUAAUGUGUAAUGUUGGUCUGGGUAAACUACGACCCAAUUUGGUCCUCAUGGGCUACAAGUCAACCUGGAAGACAUGCCCAGCUGAAGAACUACAAGGUUACUUCAAGACUAUUCACCAUGCUUUUGGAUUGCAUCUGGCUGUAGGAAUCUUGUGUGUAGAGGGUGGCCUUGACUACUCCCAUCUGACCGAGGUGUCGCAAGAUGAAGAGGACCCAAACUAUAAUGGUUCUACCAACCCUACCUCCUCUGGUGGUGCCACUGCAUCCAAUACCGAUCCCUCCACUUUGCCUACAUCCACCUCUACAGUCAGCUUUGGCCACUACCAAAAUGAAGUAGAUGUUUCUACUGGUCCUUCUGCUGUUGUAGGUUAUACAAAUGCUGCAGCAGUGCCAGAUGAAGCUAGCCAUCCAUCAUUCCUGGAAAACCUGAAGAUGGGCAAGAAGACAAAAGACCCUACAUACCGUCUGGCCAAUGGUGAAGUGGUGGCACCACAGAUAGUAGAUGCCAUGCUCCGAUUCACACGAAAACAGCCCAAAGGAACAAUUGACGUGUGGUGGCUGUAUGAUGAUGGUGGUCUGACAAUGUUGAUCCCGUACAUCCUUACAACUCGGGCAUCCUGGUCUUCCUGCAAACUUAGGGUAUUCUGCCUAGCUAAUAAAAAAGAUGAUUUAGCUUCUGAGCACCGCAGAAUGAUCGAGCUGCUCUGCAAGUUCCGGAUUGAUUUCUCUGAUGUUGUCAUGGUUCCUGAUGUAACACGGCGUCCAAAGGAGGAAUCAGUAAGAGAUUUCAACAACCUCAUUAGCAGUUUCAAGGUGCCACCAGAGGAAGAGGAUGGAGUUAAAACCCCUGAGGGCAUCACAGAGUCAGAGUUGGUAGCCCUGAAGGACAAGACCAAUCGCCAUAUUCGUUUGAGGGAGCUGCUGCUGGAACACUCGAGAAAUGCCACCUUUAUUGUCAUGACCCUGCCCAUACCUGCAGUGGGAACAGUUUCAGCACCUCUCUACAUGGCUUGGUUAGAGACUCUUACACACCAGAUGCCGCCGUUCCUCCUCCUCCGUGGCAACCAGUCAUCAGUACUCACCUUCUACUCUUGAAAAUCUAUGCACACCUUUAAUUGGACACACCAUCUUAAAGAUUGUGUGUACUGCUCAUCCAUCACAAUUCUUUCUCAUCUGAUAUACUGUACCUACAGAUAUAUUUUGUGUGCUACUUGUUCAUCACAUCUGCACCAACCAUAUGUACAGUUUAAACAUAGGCUAUACAUAUUUGCUACUGAAAUGUUCCUUCUAAAUUAAUUUAAUUAUGCCCAGAUUCUGUAUCCUACAAAAAUUUACGUCAUUAUUUUUAAAUAAAAAAAAAUAACUAAAGGUCUCAAGUUGCUCAGGAUCCUACUGAUUGUCAUUCAACGUACUUUUGAAGUACAGCAGCACGAAUCUCAUACGUAUGUAAUAAAACCAUUUAUCUUAAAUGAGCAGGUAUGCAAAUGCACUAAGAUGCUAAUAUUCAGUACCAGUACUGAUGUUUCCAGUACAUUUUAUUGAUGAAAUUGAAUAUUUGCUGAUGUUUGAGGAGUUUCAUGUGUUCUCAUAAAAGAUGUAGAUAUAGACUAUUGAUACUCAUUUUUGUAGCAAAUAUUUAGUGCAGAUGAGGAAGGGCACUAUAUUGCAAAACUGCGUAUGACAGAAUUGAAAUGGUCAUGAAUGAGACUUGGUGCACCUCCUACCUCCCAUUUAGGUUGGGAAUGGAGGAAAGAAAAAAAAUGGAGUUAGAAAAAUUAUGUCACUCGAGUUUCAUUUUGUUACAAAUGUCCACAGAAUUUAUAUAUAUAUAUAUAUAAAGUCUUAUUUUUUGUAAUUUACUGUGAUAUUGUAAAGUAAGUGGUAUGGGUUGAUGUGUGAACUGCAGGUGUAUGAGGAACGCUGUGCAUUUGAUCGGAUGGCUAUACAUUUGGUUUGUCUGAUAACAUUUGAUCUGUCUAAAUUUAACCAUAAGUUUGGCCUGUCUGUUACUUUUACAUUUGGUCUGUAAACUAUAUAUUUGGCAUGUCUGAAACCUGUGAUCUUGAUAGCAUACAUAUUUCUGGACAGCUGUAAAAUUUGUAACAUUACUUUUUUUGACAACUGUACAUUUUUCCUGAUUACUGUAUAUUAUAUCUAAUAAACCACUAACCAAAAUUUUUAGAUAAUUAUUUUUGAGUGGUGACAUUUUUUAAUUAUUUCACAUUGCUGAAUGUGUGUUUUUGUUUUUGUCUUACUACAUGAGAAAUAAGUGUUCCUGUAGCUCAAAUAUAUUUUAAAAAUAUUUUACAGGCCAAUGUAACUGUAAUAUACUUAUUUAUAUUAGGUUAUUAAUAAAGAGUAAUUUUUCCAAUACAUAAGAA